AUGGCAGACAAACUAGAUAUCGAGGGCCUUCUCAAAGAGUCGAAGGCCGAGUACAGGCAACUCGGCAAGAGUGGCCUGCGUGUCUCGGUCCCAAUUCUUGGUGCUAUGUCCAUUGGGUCACGCAAGUGGCAAUCAUGGGUGCUUGAAGAAGAGGAAGCAUUACCACUCCUCAAGGCUGCAUGGGACAGAGGACUUACGACUUGGGAUACCGCCAACGUCUACUCCAACGGCGUCUCCGAAGAGAUCAUCGGCAAAGCGAUCAAGAAGUACUCCCUGCCCCGUGAUAAGCUCACCAUCCUAACCAAGUGCUUCGGUCCUGUCGGUGAAGACCCCGGUCUGCGAGGCAUAAACUUCAGCAAAGAGCUGCCUCAGCUGAAAGACUACACGAACCACCUUGGUCUCUCACGCCAGGCUAUCUUCAACGCUGUGAACGCAUCCCUCAAGCGUCUUGGCCUCGAAUAUAUCGACCUUCUGCAGAUUCAUAGAUACGAUAAGAACGUACCGAUUGAGGAAACAAUGGAGGCUCUGCAUGAUUUGGUGAAGAGUGGUAAGGUAAGGUAUAUCGGCGCGAGUAGUAUGUGGGCUGUGCAAUUUGCGCAGAUGCAAUUUGUCGCCGAGAAGAACGGGUGGACAAAGUUUGUGUCAAUGCAGAAUCACUACAAUCUCUUGUACCGGGAGGAAGAGCGCGAGAUGAUUCGCUUCUGUAACUCCACUGGCGUUGGCCGAAUCCCAUGGGCGCCUCUUUGCCGCGGUCAUCUCGCACGCCCCGCCUCAGCAUUUGGCACAACUACACGCUCCGAAGAUGAGAAGACAAACGGUACAAGUCUGUCCGGACACACCGAAGCCGAUCACAAAAUUGUUGAGCGCGUCGAAGAGCUGGCAAAGAAGCACGACUGGAAGAUGAGUCAUGUUGCGCUUGCGUGGAUCAACAAAAGAGUAACCAGUCCUAUCAUUGGGUUUUCGAGUGUUGAAAGGAUGGACGAGGCGCUUGAAGCGCGCGGGAAGGCAUUAAGUGAAGAUGAGGAGAAGUACUUGGAAGAGCUGUAUGUCACUAAGGAAAUCCAGGGUCACUCGUAG